AUGGAUUAAUAGCACCAACUCAGGAAUAACAAAAAACGAUAAACAAUUUCAAAAGAAUUGGCAUAAAGAAAGUAAAGCAUAAUUUAGUAAUUUUAAUGUAUUCUUUGUUUCAAUUUUGAUUAGCUGGCACUCAACUAAUAAAGUAAGAUUCUUCAUCCAAAUCGAUAAAACAAGAAAAAUAGAAUAGAAAGGAAUCUAGAGAUGCAUCCUUAAUUUCUCCUUCAUCUUUCGAAAAAUAAAUAAUGUUUUUUAUUUUCUUUUAAAAGUAGAAAAUAAAAAGAUAAAGAGCCAGAUGAAAUAGAAGAGUAUGAUCUAAAUUCAUCAGAUUAUUCAGAAGAAACCAUACUAACCAUUUAAUAUGUUUCAUAUGAAUCAAGAAGAACAUCAAAAAAGUUUAUUGAGACACUCAAUGAAAAAAGUCAGAAUAUAAAUUCCCAAUUUGAUCAAGUGAUAAAGGAAGUCAAAGACGAAGGUCAACUAUUGAAAUUCGCUAAUCUAUUUUAAUUGGACUAAGAAGAAUCAUAGGAAAAUGAAAUUGCAUACAAGAAAAUUGUCAAAAGAUAUGAUAAACUAUAUGUGCGAAACCCUUUUCAAGAUCCUUACUACAUCUAACUAGUACCAUUAACUGGUGUGAGUAGGUUAAUUUAUGAAUUAAAGAAAUAUUAAGAUAAUGCUAAAUUUUUGUAAAUUCGCAAAACUUUAGUUUUUAUAUCCCUAUUGUUUCCCAUCUUAGCCAAGGAGAUGAUGCAGAGUAGACUCUAUAAAAUUUUGAUGACCAUCCUGAUAUUAUUUAAUGUUGCUCUAUUUAUCAUCGUUAAAACACAACAUCGAGAAGAUACUUUCUAAAUAGAGCAGGUAAUAACAAUAUUAUUUAUAAUUGAAAUUUUGGUUAGAAUAUUUGUUUCUGGAUUUUUCUUUACCAAAAAUGCCUUCUUUAGAAACAUAUAGGAUAUUUAUGAUUUCACUUUGAUAUUUGCAACUACAAUCAAUCUUUAUUAUCCAGACAUUUUCAUAAUAGAUAUUUCACCUUUGAGAAUGAUUACACUGCUUUUCUAUUUAGGUGACAUAUUUGUUGGACUGGGUGUUAUGCUUUUAGCUCUCAAAUAGUCAAUUAAAUUCUUACUGGAAGCUCUGAUGAUAGUUGGACUCUUUUCUUUAUUCUUUGCAAUUUGUGGAGUGUUUCUAUUCUAAGGAUUAUUCAACUUCAGAUGCGAGUAUGAUAAUGGUGAUGAAACAGAUGGUUGGGUUCAAUGCAAUUAAAAUUAAUGUUACGAAGAUGGUAUGACAUGUAAGUAUACUGAAUAAACUCCUAAAAUGCCAACAUCAUUUAAUAAUGUGAUUUACUCAUAUGGAUAAAUUUUGAGAACAAUCACAAUGGAUGAUUGGAGUUGGGUAAUGUUCUUCACUAUGAGAAUAUACCAUCCUUAAAUAUGGAUUUAUUAUUUAGGGAUUAUAUUUCUAUGUGGUUUUUUUGGUUUCAAUUUGGUUAUAGCUGUGUUAAAGACUCAUUAUGCCGAAACUGCAGAGGAAAGUGAAAAGCAAUAAGAAAAACUCAGGAUUGAUAAAUUGAUUAAGGAUAAUUAAGAGUAUCCCGAGAGAGAAUUAGUAAAUGUCUUUGAUGUAGCCUUUUUGAGAUAUAUUGGAUUUUUUGCAACCAUUCAAAAAUAUCGAGAAUCCUUUCAAAGAAGAUCUAUUAUAAGUUGGAAUCUAGAAAGUGAGGCUUAAAUGAAUAAAACUGUCACUGAAGCCAGAACCUUAUCAGCAGCAUAGAAAAAGUUGAGUAACUAAUAUAAUGUAGAAAAUCAAAGUCUAUAUAAUAGGAUGAAGGAACUUACAUUGAAGAAUCUAUUAUUAACUAAAUUUCGUUUAUUAAAAUUAUAGUAGAAAAAAAUAAAUAUUAAAAAGUAUUCAGAUGAUCCAAUCGAAUUAGAAAUUUUAUAAAAGCUGUAGAAUUUAUCAUAUUCUUGUUUAUAAUCCUAAGUGAAUUCUUAGAUCGAAUAUUAAUUUGCAAGUUAGCAUGACAUAUUGUUAAAGUUGAUUGAGAUUGAUUUAGCAUUAUAAGAAGAAAAGAAAUUCAACCCAGAAAAAUUAAGAAAGAUUAAAUUUAAACACUAAUAUCCUGAUUGGCAAAGUCAAGUACAAAAGAUAAAGAAGUAGGCUUUAAGGUCUAUAGAAAUUAAGAGCAAUAAGUUCCCUUGUAAAUAUAAAAAACAGAAUAAAUGGAAAACUAUGAUAAAGCUUGAAGAUGAUAAAGAAUAAGAAACAAGUAAAAAUUCAGUUGAUGCUUUUGAAAGAUCUUCUGAAAAGAAAUUUAAUUUCUGUUUUGAUAAAAAUGUAACAAUCAAAAAAAAAUCAAAAAAAUUCGCAAAAUAAAUAAACGGUUAAAAUAUGGUUUAUGUUCAAGGGUAUUAUCUUACUUAUUAAGAAAUAAGUGUUAAAAUAAAUACCAAGAUACCAACAAUCAAAAAUAAUUAAACCAGCAAUCAAUUUAAAUAUAGGAAAAUAAGAGAGAAAGAAAUUUAAAAUGGAAAGCUGAUUACUUCCAGCAAUUGGUCUGGUAAGGAUGUCUUAAUUAUAAAUGCUAAGAAACUAUAAAUGUUUAGUCAUAUAUUCCUUUAACUUAACCAUUAAGAUAUUAUCAUUUGGAUGAAGGGUCUCAAAGGAAUGCUGUUAAAUUUUAAGAAACAUACAUAUAGAAUAAUUACUAGCUCAACUAGUUAAACCUUUUUUGACUUAAUAAUUUUUAUAAAUUUUACCUUUUUAGCACUUUGGAACAUUGUUAAUUCUAAUACUAUACAUUCAGUUGAGAAUGUUUCAACUAUAAUACUAUCAAUUGAAUUAAUUCUGAGAUUGAUAUCAAUUCCAACCAAACAGUUUACAAGUAAUCCGAAUUUCUUGUUUUAAGCAGCAAUUGUAAUUUUGAAUAUCAUUGAAUUAACUAUAAAGGAUUUAUUAAUUGGUUUGGGAGAAUAGAACUUGAGAUUAAUUAGAGGUACUAAAUGCUUGUUAUUUUAUCGAUGUCUCAAAUAUAAUGCUAUGGCUGUCAAAAUAGGGCAUAUAGCAUCUAUGACUUUUAAACAAUAUAUUUAUUUGACUUUUUUAAUGUUCUUAGUCAUUUUUAUGUACGCUUUAGUUGGAAUGGAAAUGUAUGCUAGUGAAUUCUCUUAGACGGAUUCAUUAGGAUAAUUACAUUCAUACGAUAACAUAUUUAAGGCUUUUAUGACCAUAUUUAAUAUAAUGACUAACGAUGAUUGGUAUGGAGUCUAUGUGAUGGGUAGUGAUUUAAAUUACUCAUUCGCCUUAAUCUAUUCAUAUUCGAUGGUUAUAAUAUUGAAUUAUCUAACUUAUGGUUUGUUUAUGGCUAUUCUCCUUGAUGGUUUUGGUAAGUAUCUAAAUUAAUCAAUUGAUAAUACUCCCAUAUUUUAGUCCGAAGAUCAUGCUCAAUUGACUUUAAACUCAAAUGAGGAAUUAGAGUAGCAAAUUUAAUAAACAAUUUUCAGUCCUCAAAUAUCCCAAACUAAUAUAAUGUUGGAGCAAACAUAAAUACAAGGAAAAUCAAAGGUAGGCCUCAUUACAAACCUUCUUAAAUCCAUAAGAGCUUUGAAUAAAGAAUUACUGAACAAAUCACCAAAACUCUUUAUCGGAAUCGAGUGCCAAACUUCCCUUUACAUUUUUGAAAAGGAUAACUGCUUCAGAAUAAUGUGCACUAAAUUAGCCAUCUCCAAAUCUUAUAUAUACUUUAUGGAUUUAAUUUUGUAUGCUUCCUUAAUUACUUUUAUAAUGAAUACAUAUUAUGACUAUGAAGAUACUAACAAUACUAUUUGUGACUAAAUUUAACUGAUUAUCAACAUUCAAAUGUUUUUAGACAUAUUGAUAAAUAUCAUAGCGAAGGGUUUAUUUUUAGAUAAAGGAUCUUACUUUGUAUCAGUUUGGUAAAUUUUAGACGUAAUAUAUAUCAUAUCACAUUUCAUAACAUUUAAUAAUCCUACUGAUCAUUAUGCCAAGAUUUUCGAUCUUUGUUUGUAUUUAGGGUAUUUGAGACCAAUGAAAUUGUUAUUUAGAAUAAGUUGGCUGACUCAAUUAAGAAUAGCCUUGGGAUAUUCUUUGGUAGAUAUAACAAAUGUAUUGAUCACAAUGUUGGCAGUGUGGAUCAUGUUUGGAGUGUAUGCGAUUAUAUUGUAUGAAGGACAAUUUGGAUUUUGUGAAGACAAAAUGAAUUUCAAUGUUAAUUAUGAAUAAUGUAUAUAAGAGAACAGAAAUUGGAUUAAUUACAAACACAAUUUUGAUAAUAUAACAGUCGCAAUACCAUCGUUGUUUGUGACAUCAACAUUAGACGGAUGGGGUGAAAUAUAUUAAGUUGCUGAAAAUAGCCAAUCUGCUGAUAUUGGUCCAUAAGCAUUCAAUAGUUAUGUGUACACUUAUUUCUUCUUUAUUAUUUUUGUCUUUAUAGGUUCAAUGUUCUUUUUGAGUUUGUUUACAGGAGUAUUGUAUUCAAAUUUGAAAGAAAAUCAAUAAAAAAUAGAAAUGACAGAUGAAAGUCAGUCUUAGAAAGAAUUCUAAGAGAUUUCAUCCAUUAUAAUUAAGGACUUUCCCGUUUUCAGUUCUCCUCCCACAAAGGGUAUGAGAAAAUUGGCAUCAGAUAUAACUAAUAAUACAUAUAUGUUAACAUGCAUGUACUUAUUUUUGAUAUUGGAUUUGUGCAUCUUAUUAUUAUUUGAAUCAGAUAUGAGUGAAGAGUAUUUCAGAACUGUAAACAAUAUCCAUAAUACUUUUACUGUAUUGUACGUAAUUUGGGUGGUUUUGUUGUUUUUGGCAUUGGGAGUAGGUAGGUUUUUCGAUAAUUAUUGGAGGCGAUUCUAUUUUUUCCUGAUUAUAGUAUCGAUAAUAGACUUUAUUGCAGAUUAUUCAGUUGAUUGGAUUAUGGUUUAUUACAAAUCGACCCCUCAUGAUAGUGGUUAUCAAUUGUUGAGAUUGUUUUUUAGUUUGCGGAGUUUGAGAGUGAUUCUGAUAUUCCAAGGACUCAUCAAUUUACAAAGAUUGAUGAGAGUGAUGGUGUUUGCUUUGCCAUUUUUGGGCAAGAUAUUUACAAUUUUAAUGAUUGCAAUGCUUAUUUUUGCUUUGAUAGGAUGUUAAUUGUAUGGUGAAAUUGAUAGUGGAGCUGUAAUGGAUGAUCAAAUCAAUUUUCAAAAUGUAGCUUAGGCUCUGCUUGCCUUAUUUAAAUGUGCAUCUGGAGAUGAUUGGAGAACAAUAAUGACUGAUACGAUGUAACAUAAUCCUUUGUGUUUAGAAGAUCCAAAGUAUUGUGGAAGUGUUAAUAGUUAAUAUUUUUUCUUUUUAUUCAUGCUGUUGUCGAAUUAUGUGUUGCUCAAUCUAUUUGUACUUGGACUUAUUGAACAAUUUGAACAAUUCUUUUAAUUAUAAAAUUCACUCAUCUAAACAUAUGUUGAAAACGUGGAUAAGAUCAAAACUGUAUGGUGUAAGUACUCUUCAGAAACUCAAGGAUAGGCCAUGAAUUAUAAGUUUUUAUGCAAGUUCCUCUUAGAUAUAGGCAAACCUCUUGGGGGAAGCAAAGAAGAGAAUCUUUGGGAUGUAGCGAAAUUGGCCUCGUCAUUCAAAUUGAAAUGUGAUCAUUAUGGCUAUAUCCAGUAUAAUCAAUUGAUGUAUGAACUCUUUAGGAGAUGUUUCAUCAACGAAGUUUUCAGAGAGGGUACUGAAUCUUCGAUAGUAAAAAUCAAAUAAUUCAACAAAGAAAUGCAGUUGAGAUUGAUGUACUAUAGAAAAAACAGAUUAUUGGAGAGAACCAAUAUUGGUCCCACUAAAUAGUUAAAAGCUAAUUUCAACAUCUUACAUGACUAUUUGACUGUUUUGAUUCUAUUUAAAACUUGGGAAUCAUACUCAAAAUUAGUUUUCCUUAAGAUUGCCAAAGAUGGCAACUUUUCAGAUUGUGAUGAUAUCAGUAUUUAGAUUGAUAAAGUCAGUAAAUAAAAUUUCAACAUUUACAAUUAUGAAGAUGACAUGUCUGAUUCUGAUAAUAUGACUCAAAAUCAAUAGAGUAAAUAGUUAUCCUAAGUGUUUAACAACACAGUCAAUCAAAUGCAUUAUAGUUAAAGCAUCAGAAGCAGUCCAAAAAGCUUAAAAAAGAAUAGUGUCAGAAAUGCCAGUUUCAAAAAGAAUCAUAAAAUGAAAGUCAAAAAGAAGGACAGUUUGAGCCAACGAAUCAUUGAUCCAACAGAAUAUAUCACAUAAACAAAACAUCAAACUACUCUACAAAGUCAAGAUCUCUAAGAUUAAGAAUAAUUGCCAAUUUACAGAAAUUAAUUUGAUCUCUCUCUAUAAAAUGAAUAUUAACAAGGUACCUUAUUAAGUGUAAAAAGAAAGCAAUGA